AGGGCGGGGGCCACCAUGGCACCCCCAGCCCGCGUCCCCCUGGUGCUGCUGCUGCUGCUGGCGGCCGAGAGGACGGCGAGGGGCACCUUCCCCGAGGAGCCCGGACCCAUCGCCGUGGCCUCCCCAGACUAUGUGAAGCACUACCCCGUGUUCGUGGGGCACGGCACCGCCCACCCGGGGGGCCCCGAGGGGGCGGGCACCCAGCGCCUCAACAUCCAGCGCAUCCUCAAGGUCAACAGGACCCUCUUCAUCGGGGACAGGGACAAUGUCUAUCGGGUCAGCCUGGAGCCCAGUGGGGCUGCUGAGAUGCGCUACCACCGGAAGCUGACGUGGCGCUCGAACCAGCAUGACAUCAGCAUCUGCAGGAUGAAGGGCAAGCACGAGGCAGAGUGCCGAAAUUUCAUCAAGGUGCUGCUGGUGAGGAACGAGAGCCUCCUGUUUGUCUGUGGCACCAACGCCUUCAACCCCGUCUGUGCCAACUACAGCAUGGACACGCUGGAGCCCAUCGGGGACAACAUCAGCGGCAUGGCCCGGUGUCCCUACGACCCCAAGCACGCCAACGUGGCCCUGUUCACAGGGGGGAUGCUCUUCACCGCCACGGUGACGGAUUUCCUGGCCAUCGACGCCGUCAUCUACCGCAGCCUCGGGGACAGCCCCACCCUGCGCACCGUCAAACACGACUCCAAGUGGUUCAAAGAGCCCUACUUCGUGCACGCUGUGGAAUGGAGGAGCCACGUCUACUUCUUCUUCCGGGAGAUCGCCAUGGAGUUCAACUACCUGGAGAAGGUGGUGGUGUCACGGGUGGCCCGGGUGUGCAAGAACGACAUGGGGGGCUCGCAGCGGGUGCUGGAGAAGCAGUGGACCUCCUUCCUCAAGGCCCGGCUCAACUGCUCCGUGCCGGGCGAUUCCCACUUCUACUUCAACGUCAUCCAAGCCGUGACGGACAUCCUGGAGCUGGACGGGCGCCCCGUGGUCCUGGCCGUGUUCUCCACGCCCACCAACAGCAUUCCCGGCUCCGCCGUCUGCGCCUUCGACAUGACCCAGGUGGCCGCCGUCUUCGAGGGACGGUUCCGGGAGCAGAAAUCACCCGAGUCCAUCUGGACACCCGUGCCAGAGGACAUGGUGCCAAAGCCACGGCCCGGCUGCUGUGCCUCCCCGGGGAUGCGCUACAACUCCUCCAGCGCCUUCCCCGACGAGAUCCUCAACUUCGUCAAGACGCACCCGCUGAUGGACGAGGCGGUGCCGGCCCUGGGCAACGCCCCCUGGAUCCUCCGCACCAUGACCCGGUACCAGCUCCGUAAGAUCGUGGUGGACAACACGGCGGGGCCCUGGGGCAACCACACCGUGGUGUUCCUGGGCUCCAGCACCGGCACCGUGCUCAAGUUCCUCAUCCUGCCCAACGCCACCAGCAGCCCUGUGCCCGCUGCCCCUGGCAGCCAGAGCAUCUUCCUGGAGGAGUUUGAGACCUACCAGCCUGGGAGGUGUGGCCGGGACACGGAGGACGAGCGGCGGCUCCUGGGGCUGGAGCUGGACAAGGCUGCGGGGUCCCUGCUGCUGGCCUUCCCCCCGUGCGUGGCCAGGGUGCCCGUGGCUCGCUGCCAGCAGCACUCGGGCUGCAUGAAGAACUGCCUGGGGAGCCGGGAUCCCUACUGUGGCUGGACACCCGAGGGCUCCUGCAUCUUCCUGGAGCCCAGCCCCAGGGUGGCCUUCGAGCAGGACAUCGGCGGCGGCAGCACGUCCCACCUGGGCGAGUGCGAGGGGCUGGUGACGGAGAGCUUCGUGGACGAGCCGGACGGGCUGGUGUCGGUGAACCUCCUGGUGAUCUCCUCCGUCGCCGCCUUCGUCAUCGGCGCCGUCAUCUCCGGCUUCAGCGUGUGCUGGUUCAUCGGGCACCGGGACCGCAAGGAGCUGGCGCGGCGCAAGGACAAGGAGACGAUCCUGGCGCACAGUGAGUCGGUGGUGAGCGUCAGCCGCCUGGGCGAGCGGCGGGCACGGGGAGCUCUGCUGGCCCCGCUCAUGCCCAACGGGUGGCCCAAGGAGCUGGGCAAGGUCACCCAGCACGACCUGGACUCGGGGGUGCUGCCCACGCCGGAGCAGACCCCGCUGCAGCAGAAACGCUGCCCCGGCGCCCUCCAAAACUGCACCUGGGAGCAGAGUCACAACAUCAUCAACGCGGCUUUGCGGGACCCUGGAGGCGGCUCCGGCCCCGCGGGCGCCGGGCGGGGGCACGGCGGCUCCGGCCGCCCGCCGCGGGGCAUCCCCCUCUCCUGCCACGCCAUCCUGGUGGACCAGGAGCUGGAGGCCGAACUCAGCGACUCCUCAGGUGACGGGCACUGGGGUCGAGACCCUCAGGAGGGGCCCCGCACCCGGCAGCACCCACCCGCCGGCGCCCGCCGCCCGCCCCGCGGCUCCUACGGCGACUUCGGCGGGACGCCGCACCCCAGCCCCGAGCGCCGGCGGGUGGUCUCGGCACCCAGCGGGGAGGGGGGAGACUUUACCGAGGGGCCGCCCUGGCACCCCGAGCAGCUGAACUUCAACGCCAACAACGGCACGGGCCGCCCCGGCGCCCACCUCAAGAGGAACCACACGUUCAACAGCGGCGAGGCGGCGGCGGGCGGCUACGGGCGGCACGGGACGGCAGCGCGGGCAGCGCGGGCACCGGGCACCCCGCGGCCGCUGACGGACCUGCACCACCUCCUGCGCUACGGCGUGGAGCGGACUCCCUCGGGAAAAUAG